GUGCUGAAAGAACGGCGUGCCACCGGAGCGGAUGGAAACGAAAAAGCGUCUUAUGCUUCCGCCAAGAAUCAUACGAAGGAAAGAAUUGGUUCCAGUCUAUUGAGUAACUCGCUGCUGUUCCCCCAAGAUGACAGUGUGGUUGAUGUCAAUCGCGUUGAUGCAAAUGGUGUCGGUGGCUGCCAAAGGCUCGAACUGCAGCUUGCGAAUCUCUAUAAGCCAGUUUUGCGGCGCGAUUUAAGCACAGUGUCCUUUUAG